GGUAGAAACAAUAGUUGACGAUGUCCCGCAAACCAGCAAGCACCAACAACAUUGCCCAGGCCAGGAGGACAGUGCAACAGUUGAGAAUGGAAGCCUCCGUUGAGAGAAUAAAGGUUUCAAAGGCGUCCGCGGACCUCAUGUCCUACUGUGCGGAGCACGCCAGGAGCGACCCUUUGCUGAUAGGGAUACCGACCUCAGAAAACCCUUUCAAGGAUAAAAAAAAAAAAACUUGCAUCAUCUUCUAGAGGAACGCUGAAAUGGCUCCUCGCCUCUUCUCAGCAAAGCAAAUGUUGAGCAGCUCCUUGGAAGAAAUUUACUUGCAGCUUAUUUGGUAACCACUGCUAAUAACUAAAAUACUCUAACUUGGAAUAAUCGACUCUGACGUCUUUAUUUUCCAAAUUGCCCUUUCUCUAAAACACCUUUUACUGAUUUCAUUCAGAAUAACAAUCCUCUUUCCCAUUUGAUAAUGAUGGUGUCAUACUGGUUUGGGCCUUUGAAAAAAAGACGAUUAUAUACUUUUAAAUAUAUGAAAAAGCCAGCUAUAUCCAGACCUCAGCUACCUAA